GGGCUGCCCACGGGAGGUGUGUUGGCCACUCAAGGCCACCGGUGAUUAAAAGGGAGAGUCCUCCCUCCCCGGGAGCGUUUGGGAUGCAGAGCUGGGAACAGCUGAGGUGGGACCAUGAGAGCCGCUCUCGGGAUGUUCCUGCUGUACCUGCUGCUGCUGCUCCCUCCCCUUGCGGCGCUGCCCAGGCAAGGGGACAGGAAUUCCCUGAGCCCGGAGGAGCUGGAAGCGGAGGGGAGAACUAGGGAAAACGCGAGUUGGCAGGAACCAGGCAGACCCAGCUGGGCGGGGAGAUCCAGGAGGGCCGCUCGCCUCUUCCCGGAGCCGGGAGCCAAGUGCCUGCAGGGAACGGCCGGGGAGGGAUGGCCCCGCUCCCGCCAGCACCCCUGGCCGCUGGGGGGGCUGGAAGGGCCGGUGUGCAGGGUGAGGAUGGAGCAGGACGGGGUCGCCCCGGGCCACCUGGACGUGGUUGGGGUCCUCACCCACUACGAGAGCGGCUUCAUCAAAGUGCUGCGGCGGCGCCGCGCCUGGGACGGGAAUGUCCGGCGGAGCUUCGGGCUGUGCCCGGCCCCGGAGGCGGGAGCGGCUCCCCAUCCCCUGCAGCGCAUCCACGGGCACCUGGUGGAGCCGGGCCCGGAGCGAUUCCUCGUCCUGCACCUGGAGGAAGUGCAGUGGGAAGCGCAGGCCAAGCUGCGGUUCCAGCUGGUUUUCCAGGCGGAGCUGGGCCGGGCGCUGGGGGAGCUGCAGGCGGCCGCGAUGCUCUUCUACCUGGGCCGGCCCGAGGGCUCCGGGCGCCCGCAGGAGCUGCUGGUCACGGGCCCGGGGCUGGCGAGGGACCAGAGGCUCUGCCUGUCCAGGGACACCCAGUACCUGGUCCUGGGAGCCGCCGCCGGCUCCGUCACCCGUGGCCCGGAGCAGCUCCGCUUCUCGGCAUCGCUGACGCUCCGCGGGGCAGAGGGAGGUGCCCCCCUGCCCCCCUCGGAGGUGCAGCAGCUCCUGUUCGGCUCCGACGACAAGUGCUUCACCCGCAUGACUCCGGUGCUGCUGCUGCUGGCCAAGGCACGGCGCGGGGAGGAGGAGGAGGAGGCGGCUUUGGCCCCUUCCUCCUACCUCUCUGCUGACGGGGUGCUGGACACGGCUCCGUACCCACAGCUCAGCCCACCCCAGGCCGGGACCGAGGAGCUGCCGACCCCCACGGGCCCGAGCCAGGCCAACGCUUCAUCCCCAGCUCCCGGGAGCAGCAGCCAGUUCCUGGGAAUGCUGACCCGCUUCAUCCGGCAGGUCCUGAGCUCCUCCAGCGAGCCGCCCCCCCAGCCCAGCGCCCACCACUGGCUGGACUUCCAGGCUAUGGAGACCCUCCCUCACCAGCUGCUCAACCUGUCGGGGGAGGCGGCGCUGGAGCGGCUGGUGCAGUCGGAGGAGCCCUCGGUGCUGCUGUUCCCGCAGGACAGCGGGGCCGUGCUGGAGCAGCUCCUGGGGCACUGGCAGCCCGAGGGCACCGUGCUGGAGCUGCUCACGGGCAAACUGCGCGGGGUCAUCCAGGAGCUGGGGGACAUCCCGGCUUUCCAGGCCAACACGGCGCUUUUCCAGCGCCUCCUGAGCUUCUGCUACUUCCCGCGGGGCGGGGAGGAGGGCGAGGCCCCGGAGCGGGUGCCGGGCUCCAGGAAGCUGCACACGCUGCUGCUGCUGAAGGCGCUGCAGUCGGUGCGGGCGCGGUGGCAGGAGCGCAGGAAGGUGCAGCGGCAGCACCGCAGCGCCCGCCCCCCCUCCCACUGCCGCCUGCAGGAGCUCACCAUCGACCUGCACGACCGCAAGUUCAUCGUCAUGCCCACCGUGUACGCGGCCAACAACUGCGAGGGGCCCUGCAGGCUGCCCCUGUCCACCCGCGUGCCCAGCUACUACUCGCACACGGUGCUGCUGCUGGGGAUGCAGGAGCGGGGGUCGCCGCUGCAGCGCCCGCCCUGCUGCGUCCCGGUGCGCUACUCCGACCAGCUCAUCAUCAGCCUCUCGCCCGAGGGGCUGGAGGUCCGCAAGUUCCCCAACAUGGUGGCAGAGGAGUGUGGAUGUCGGUGAGGCUCCUCCCGGUCCGCCUCUCCCCACACCCCUCGCAGCCGGAGCUGGCGCUUCCCGUGCAGACGGGAGCUCCUGGGUGUCCUUUCCCCACGGUUUGGCUCUUUAGUGUCUCUCUCUGGUUUCUCUGGUGUCUCCUUUGCUCCUCACGGUCGCUUUUCCAUCCCUCCCAUCCCCUGCUGCCAUCCCCUCCCAGCGACUUUGCCAUCCUC